UUGUUAAAUAAAAAAUUAAAAAUAAAGGAAUCUAUUGAGAGGUUCUAUUGGCAGCUGUACACAUCAUCGUUGGAGCCACACGCAAAUGUGAGUAACGAUCCAAGAGCGAGUCUUAUCCGACUUUAUUCCGAUGAUAUCCCGGACGUCAGUCUGAGUGAGAUUAGAAUGGCUCUCCAGCACCUUAAAAAUGGCAAGGGCCCUGGCGAGGAUGGAAUUACAGCGGAGCUUCUGAAAGCGGGUGGAAGACCGGUACUUGAAGUCCUUUAG